UGUGUUACCUCCCGAUUCCCGCAAUGGAGGGAAGGGGCGGCAAUACACCGUAUCGGUGGUAGUCUGCCGAUAAACCUCAAAGAAAGGUAUAUAAGCUACGACCAAGAAGAAGAAAAAGAGAAAAGAUGGCGUCGCUGAAUGACAGAUCAGUUUGGGAUGAGGUGGAGGAAGGGAUCGGCAAAGAAGUGCUCAACAUGUCCCCUGAAGAGCUCGUUCAGCGGACACGUCUUCUGGACAAUGAAAUAAAGAUCAUGAAGAGUGAGGUAUUGAGGGUAACCCAUGAGCUGCAGGCCAUGAAGGACAAGAUCAAAGAAAACACAGAGAAGAUCAAAAUGAACAAGACCCUGCCAUAUCUGGUCUCCAAUAUCAUUGAGCUUCUGGAUGUGGACCCAAAUGACCAGGAGGAGGAUGGAGCAAAUAUUGAUCUAGAUUCCCAGAGGAAGGGCAAAUGUGCUGUCAUCAAAACAUCUACAAGACAGGCAUACUUCCUCCCGGUCAUUGGCUUGGUGGAUGCAGAGAAACUGAAGCCGGGAGACCUCGUGGGGGUAAACAAGGACUCAUACCUGAUCCUGGAAACCCUGCCCGCGGAGUACGACUCCAGAGUCAAAGCCAUGGAGGUGGACGAGUGCCCCGCUGAACAGUACAGUGACAUUGGGGGAUUAGACAAACAGAUCAAGGAGCUGGUGGAAGCAAUCGUUCUACCCAUGAACCACAAGGAGAAGUUUGAGAACCUGGGUAUUCAGCCACCUAAGGGGGUUUUGAUGUAUGGCCCCCCAGGCACAGGGAAAACCCUACUGGCUAGGGCCUGUGCUGCCCAGACCAAGGCCACAUUCCUCAAGUUGGCUGGCCCACAGCUGGUCCAGAUGUUCAUUGGUGAUGGUGCCAAGCUGGUCCGAGACGCCUUUAACCUAGCCAAGGAGAAGGCCCCCUCCAUCAUCUUCAUAGACGAGCUGGACGCCAUUGGAACCAAACGGUUUGACAGUGAGAAAUCAGGUGACAGGGAGGUACAGAGAACUAUGCUUGAGCUCCUCAACCAGCUGGACGGGUUCCAGUCCAAGAUGCAAGUUAAGGUUAUCGCUGCCACUAACAGGAUAGAUAUCCUAGAUCCCGCACUGCUGCGUUCUGGACGUCUGGACCGUAAGAUUGAGUUCCCAAUGCCCAAUGAGGAAGCACGAGCCCGCAUCAUGCAGAUUCACUCACGCAAGAUGAACGUCAGCCCUGAUGUCAACUACGAGGAGCUGGCCAGGUGCACUGAUGACUUCAACGGCGCCCAGUGCAAAGCAGUGUGUGUGGAGGCGGGUAUGAUCGCCCUUCGCAGGGGGGCAACUGAGCUCAAUCAUGAGGACUACAUGGAAGGCAUCUUGGAAGUACAAGCUAAAAAGAAGGCCAACCUGCAGUACUACGCCUAAGGCUCUUCAGGGGAAGUGUGAUACUCUCCAGUUGUAUCCAAAACAUGAACCAAUCUGUACAGCACUAAUUGUCACGUCUCACUCUUUGGUGCUUCGGAAGGUGUUUGGUGUGAGGAUGGGACUGGACAUGUUUUGGUUUAUUAUUGUACCAAUGGUCCAUGAAAGAAUUAAAGCCUUUUUCAUUAACA